AAAAAGAGUGAGAGAGAAUGAGUUAAAAAAAACAUUUUGUUCGAAUGUCGGGUGACGCAAAAUCACCUCUUACCGAAUAAAGACUGAAAUUGUCGUCAUAUAAACAACGAUUAACAGAUCUUAAUUGGAAUUACUAACGUCCCGUAAAGGAGUAACUACGCGGGAGCAUUUACAAUUCUGUUUUGUCGGUAGGCGGUGAGAUAGGCGCGGGUGGUUUUGAUCACAUAAUGUUUCGUAAUUUUUUGCGUUUUGGAGGUUUCGGAGUCAGAAAUUAUGUCAGUUACGUUCAGGGACAGUCGCCGAAACCUGGAAUCCGAGAAUAUUUUUAUUAUAUCGAUCAUCAGGGAAUGCUAUUCCUUGAUGAUGCUAGGAUGAAAAAUUUUACAUCCUGUUUCAAAGAGAAAAAGUUCCUGGCAUUUUUCUUCAAACGACUGAAGCGAAACGAUACCGAUCGAUAUACUGAGGACUUUCCAUACCUGUCGCUGUGUGGAAGGGAAAGGAAUUUCAUACGCUGCGAUGAUUUGCCCAUAGUCUUCACCCACGUGUUACAGAGUCCAGAACACCCGGAUUUAUUCAGUUAUGCUCAUGCUGGUGAUUUGCUUGUCGUGCCUUUCCAACCGGAUAAGAUCUUCAUGAGCUCAAAUUCUGGUCGAGUAUACCAUCCAGCUCCAGAGGCAACAGGUGGCAUUGGCCUAGUUCGCUCAAAACUUGCCAUUGAAUUUAGCAGCUCUUUCGAAUUUCUAAAAGGGGACGAGAGUGAUCCAACACACUUCACGUGGAAGGGAAUACGAUACCCCCUGAAUACCUUGUGGUAUCGAAAUAAAAUAUCAAGAGGCGAAAGCAAGUCAUAGCUUUAAUAAAAAGAAAUAGAUUUUAAUUGUAUAUAGGCAAUGGGGAAUACAAUAUAUUCUUUGAUAUUUAUUUCUAAUAGAAUGUUGUUUUUUGAAUUUGAGCUAUCGGAACCAUCAUCAUUAUAGAAUUAAUAUGCAGAGAUAUCAAAUAUCCGAGCUGUUGAGUCAUCUGAAGUCGUCAAAAUUUUCGAUCCAUCGCUGAAAUAAUGAAAAUGUGGUAGUUCUUUAAAAAGUAAAAUUUGCGAAUAAAAUGACGAAUAGUUUAAUAAACAUUCAAUGAAUAUGAUUAUUUUUCAUGUUCAUGAAUAAUGAAAAAUCAUGAGGCAAUGGCUCAUGAAAUCUCAUCUCAAUGUUAUUUUCAUUUGAUUGCGAUCUUUUGUUGUUUAUAUUUACUUUAAAAGAAAUCAGACACUGCCAUCGGCAUUUAUGAUACUCACCCAGAGAUGAAAAUAUCCAGAAUAUCCUGUCGGUGCCCACUAAAAGACUGUAGAAGCUGAGCAGUUCUGGCAUCGUAGCACCGUAGAACUCCAUCCAAUCCAGCAGAAAAAAGAAUAGGACUGGUUCCUUUCCAUACGAGUUUGCUGACUCCCCCCUCUUGUGUGAUCUUGUGCCUAACCACCUGCUUUGAGACAUCCCAAAUGAAUAUUUCUCCACUCAGAGUUCCAGUGGCAACAAAAUGCAGCUCAGGAUCCUUGCAGAAUGCAACUGCUUCAAUCCAAUCAUCGGUUUUUGAUUCCUGACUCGUGCCUUCUUCCGUACUCGCCUGUUUGUUCUCUUGGAGAUGUUGAAGGACUCCGACUACUUUGCCAGUGGCUACUGUGCUGAGGACAGUCUUGCCAUCGGUGGCAGCAGAUACUAUCAAUUUACUGUCGAACUGACAGUCUAAGUCGGUGGUGGGAGCUGAAUGGGCUAUGUUUGGGAGGAUUGUUGUGUGAAUUGUUCCUUCUUUCAGAUCCAUGACCCUAAUGGCACCGUCUUCGUAUCCUGCGAUGAGUCGUUGACCGUCUGCACAUACGACUGCUGUUUCAGUCUUCUGCCCAUUGCCCUGGAAUAUUUUACAUUCGCCAGUGGGGAUUUUCCACAUGUAUAUUUCACCUGCUACACUGCCAGCAAAUAGGACAUUCGCUUGUUUAUGCCACCUUAACCAAGCUGCAUCACCAAUUUCAAAAUCCCAUACGACACUUUUGUCACUCAUCUUCCAAACUUGAAUGAGUCCACUCAUGUCUCCAGUGGCCAAGUAAGUGUCAUCUUUGUUGAAUUCAGCGAAAAUGAUACUGUCUUUGUGCCCUGUGCACUCGUGAAUCAUCUCGCCAGAGGUUGUGUCCCAGACGUAAGCCAUAUCGUCUUCUCCACCUGUCGCUGCCAAUUUUCCAUCCCUAGUCAAGGAGCCGCAGAAUACAGAUUCUUGAAGAUAAAAUACACGUUGGUGUUACCUCAGGGAGGCUGCAUUUUUCUUAUUGUGAAUGGAAAUAAAUGAUUCUACAUGCAAAAUCAAUUGACAACGUUACUUUGAUGUCUGUCGAACACAGUGAUGGAAUCGUCCACCUCUGGAUCCUCAUCUUCCAUAGGCUCUUCAUUCUCCAGGGCGUCAAUUACUUCGUCUACAUCUCCCACGUACACCAUGUCCUCCUCGUCGAGCUCAUCGUCAAUACCUGGGGACAUUGGAGGCGUAUCUGUGUUGUGCAUCUGCAACAAUUGACAGGUUAAUUAGUUCAAACCACUUUCAGCUCCAAAAAAUUUGAAGCAGUGUCAGUUUCACUGAAAUUUUCAACACUUAUUGUUUUUGGAACAACAAUGCACCGAUUAUUAUCACGUGUGAAGUGGGUGAAAAUACCUUUACUGUGAAUGUAAAUAAAUGUUUAGAAAGACUUGAUUUUUGGAGUAAGGGUUAACCACAAUAACCACCAUGUGAGAGCGAGCUCUGUCGAUUAGGCGGUUUUGCCCGGUCUUGGUAAGGUAUGCUUUAGGGAGGUAUUGUCAAGUGAAAAACAGGGGACAAGGUCUCGCAAGCGCCACGAGGGCGCGCGGCGGUCACUUUCACCUUCCCCUCAACUCCUGGUUAUCCCCACUCUUCUAAGCUGUUCGGUGUUGCUAAGAUCAUUUUUUAAAUCGCAAAAUGAUUUUGAGAAGUACGGAAAAUUGUAAAAAAUUUUUUUACUAAGAAGAAAAUAAAGGAAAAACCCAAAAAUACUAAGACUCAAAUAUUUCCUGAUGAAUGUGAUUAAUCGGGAAAAAUGGAUUUUUUAUUAUGGAAAAAUUCUGCUUUUUAACGAAGCUAGACGUCAAAAGUUAUUAUUGAUUAUUUUAUACCCCCUAUCAAUUCACCAUCAGUCACAAAAAUUACCGAAACAUUAUUAGAAUUUAUGCGUUCGAUAUUUUAACCUUCAGAAAAUAUUAUGUUCUCUUUUUUAUGGAAUCAUAAAACCGAAAGAAUAUGCAGUUCGAGAAAUAUGGACUGCCUUAUCUGGCCAAGGCCAUUACAUGAUGCUAAACCAGACGUCAAAAGUAGAAAUAUUGUAGUAUUAAUUUUACUUUUCAAAAACAUGUAACUAUUACCCAAUAUUUUCAGGAGUUUUUCCUUAAUAUGAACAUUCUUCAUUUGUAAACACGUGUGUUGUCAACUUUAUCGUACUGGAUUUUUUGAUAAACUUCAAAAGAUAUUGAAACUUCUAAACUUUACAAUAUAAUUCUCGCCUUAUGGCACUGGCAUCCAAUGAUACAUAAAACUGGGCUUUAGUAAUCCAUUGUUCAGUAUGUUGCCUAUCACAGCGACCAAAAUGUUUUUUGCAAAAUUGAAUACAAUUUCUUUGAUCUACAUCUGUUUUAUACUCUACGAUGCUGUUAAAGAUGUUGAGGCACGACGACAACCAAGGAUGAUUAAUGGGGAAGACGUCCUAAUCGAAGAAAUUCCAUCAAAUGUCUUCAUCCGUUCCUUCCUGAGGAUAAAUGGAUCCCUGGAGAUGUCCUUCUGUAGCGGAUCGCUCAUUACCCCAACUCAUGUAGUGACUGCUGCACACUGUACUGUCGAAUACAACGCUACAUUUAUGACAUCCCCUUAUUACCGGCUCCCGCAGCAAACCUUUGUCAGAGCAGGGGUUGCUAAUAUUCGUCAGCGUGGCAACGACUACACUGUUAAACGAAUAUAUAGACACGAACACUAUAAGAUUCAGCGAGAAUUAAAUCCAGGGUCAUGGUUCGAUAUAGCCAUUCUCGAGUUAAACGAAGUUGUAGAGCUAGGCCCUACACAACAAAUUGUUAAGUUACCAUGCCACAGCCCCGACUUCGAUAAGGAAGGUAUUCUGUUUGGGUCCGGACCCACAUCUUCAGAUCCCAGAACACUCGGAACGAUAAAAAAAGGCACGUUCAAGGUCGUACCGUGCACAAAUUGGGAGUAUUAUAGACACAUUUGUAUCUGGAGUGAAACCGUUAAUUCGACACAGGGUGACAGCGGUUCCGCUUUCAUAAUCGACGACAGACUUGGUGGAAUAAUGUCGGCAAUACCAAACAAACGAGACUAUUUUAUUCUGACGAAUGUCGUUAAAUAUUUCGAUUGGAUUGUGAAUAUUGUUGGCAUGCCGGAGGAAUUCGAAGGCCUAUUGUGAAUGUGACAGUGACAAUUGGGGUUGCAGGGAUAUCGAAUCGGCAGUCGUACAUAGAAAUGAUUUGCUAUUGAUCAGCCUCUUGACUACCCCUAUCAGUAAUCUCCAGGACGUAAUCGACAAUCAUCAGCUCAUUAUUAUUCGGUGUUAAAUGAUUUAUUCAAAUAUAUAGUGAGUAUCUUAGGUCUUGCCGGGUUGGCAGCGCCAUCUCAAUUAAGAAUGUGUAUAAGUAUCUUUUACUUUCCUUUUAUUCUCCAACUUGGAUUUUCGUUUGAUUUCUCAUUAUUGAAUUAUAUUAAUGGAAUAGAUAUUAUUGAAUAUAAAUAAAAAAUAAUAAAAGAAUAAAA